AUGACUGCGACGAAUCAACUCACACCAUUUGGGAAGCCAAUGCUCAAGCAUUGGCUGUUCGACCCCUCCUACAGAAACCUUAAUCAUGAUAAGCGACCGGACCCCUACAUCCGGGUCCAUCAUCAAGAGCUCCUGGCAGAGGCGCGUGAAGAGAUUGCCGUGCUUAUCAAUGCCCCGAAAGAUGAAUGUGUCUUUGUCAAAAAUGCCACCACAGGCGUGUGGACAGUGCUUUAUAACCUCAAUUUCCAAAAAGAUGAGGCCCUGAUAUAUUUUGCGCCUGUAUACGGCGCAGUGGAAAUGGGUAUUGUAUCAUUGCAAGAAUAUUCUCCUUUUGAGGCUCGGAAGGUGCCGUUUGAAUAUCCCAUCACUGAGGAUGAGUUGGUGCGCCGAUUUCGCGAGGUGGUUCGCAAGGCUCGCGCAGAGGGUCUGAAAGUACGUGCUGCAGUCUUUGAUGCUAUUGUCAGUAACCCGGGUGUCCGGUUCCCGUUUGAACGAUUUGUGGAGAUCUGCCGUGAAGAAGGGAUGUUGAGUAUUAUCGAUGGUGCACACGGUGUCGGAAUGAUUCCUCUUGAUAUGAAGGAGUUGCAGCCGGAUUUCCUCGUGUCUAACUGCCACAAAUGGCUCUAUACUCCCCGCAGUGCGGCCGUGCUAUAUGUCCCCAAACGCAAUCAGCACUUGAUCCGAACAACACUACCAACGUCAUGGGGCUUUAUUCCCGCACCCACAUCGCCCGGGGUUGUCGCCUCAGUACUCCAAGAUACAAACGUACCUAAAACCAAGACCCCAUUCGAAGAAUUAUUCGAAUUCGUCGCCACAACCGACGACUCCGCCUACAUCUGCGUCCCCGCGGCGCUUCGAUUCCGUCGCGAAGUCUGCGGCGGCGAAAAAGCCAUCAUGUCCUAUUGCAACAAUCUCGUCAACGAAGCCGCUGACAUGAUCGCCGGAGCUCUCGGUACUGAUGUGCUGCAAGAACCCGACCUGAAGCCAGGCCAGAAGAGUCGUAUGCGCGACUGCUGUAUGACCACAAUCCGCUUGCCGAUCCUUGUGGCGGAUGAUGGGGCUCCCGCGCAAGGUUCAUGGGUGACACUUUCGCCAGAGGAAGCGCCACUUGCCGGUUCAUUCAUUGAGCAAACGCUCAUGAAGAAAUAUGACACUUUUGUGCCUGUUUUCCGGCACGGGCCUUGGCUGUGGACCCGUAUUAGUGGUCAGGUAUUUGUGGACAUGAGUGACUUUGAGUGGCUUGCUGGUAUCCUGCGUGAUUUAUGCGAACAGGUUGCUCGCAAGAAUAGGUCGCUUGCUAGCAAGACUAGUAAGCUUACAUAG